UUUUACCAUCUCACACUCGCACUCUGGGGCUCAGAGCGUGUCUUUCUGUCAGUCAUUGCGAGAUGUUCAGUGUUUUAUAGAGUCUGAUUGUGGGUCGUUGUGGCUUUGUGCUGAACAUCGUGAGAGAAGGUGCAAUGCGGCUGCAUGUGAGCUGGCUGGUAUUGUUGCUGCUUGGGCUGCAGCUUGGUGGCGCUCAGCAAGACGACUAUGAAGAAGACUAUGAUGAAGAAGAAGAGGAACAGAGGAACAUCAGAAGAAAAGCCAAAAGCAAGCUGCUCACGUCUAAAGUUGCUCCGAAGAACUACGCUCAGCUUUUCCCAAAUACUGACUGCAGUGUUGAGCUGGCGUUUUUGCUGGACAGCUCAGAAAGUGCCAAGGACAACCACGGCCAGGAGAAGCACUUAGUCACCGAAGUGGUUGAGCGCAUGCAGAAUACGCAUCUUCAGAGUGGCCGCAGCCUGAAUUUUAAAUCUGCACUUCUUCAAUACAGCAGUCAUGUGAUUUCUGAGCAGACCUUCAGCCAGUGGAGGGGUGUAGCCAACUUCAAAGCCAACAUCGCACCACUUCCCUAUAUAGGACAGGGCACAUAUGUGACAUAUGCCAUUACUAACCUCACGCGCCUUUACCUAAAUGAAUCAGGACCCGGAAGUGUCAAAGUGGCUGUGCUGCUCUAUGAUGGAGAGUCCCAUCCAAAAAAUCCAGACUUGUUUUCAGCUGUGGCUGAUGCCAAGAACCUAGGAGUUCGUUUUUUUGCCAUCGGUGUCACACCUGCUGCCAGAGAGACGUCCAAAAUCGCCCAGUUGAGGAUGCUGGCCAGUUCUCCAUCGAGCCGCUACUUACACAACCUGCAGGAUAAAGACAUUGUCAAGAAGAUUGUCCAAGAGCUGAUGGCGUUGGCAGAAGAGGCGUGUCCUAUGGAGAAGAAAUGUGUGUGUGAGAAAGGAGAAAGAGGACCAAGUGGCCCAGCUGGGAAACGGGGUCGACCAGGAGAUGAUGGAAAUCCAGGGCCUAAAGGGCAGAAGGGUGAGAGCGGUCAUCAAGGGCUGCCAGGGCUAAACGGCUCUGAGGGCAAACCAGGAAGUAGAGGAGAACGGGGAGAGCGAGGAGAAUGUGGGGUGCCUGGUAUCAAAGGAGACAGAGGUCCUGAAGGUCCAGUGGGCAUCAGUGGAAACAGAGGCUUGCAGGGUUUGCCUGGACCUCAGGGUGACAUUGGGCCCCAGGGACCACCAGGACACAAAGGAGAGAGGGGUUUUCCUGGACCGCCUGGACUUCAGGGUGAAACAGGAAUUGGAAUUGCUGGACCAAAGGGUGAAAUUGGACUUCAAGGCAGAGCUGGACCUCCUGGACCUCCAGGACUCGGAGAACCUGGGCUACCAGGGCCUCAGGGGCCACAGGGAGUGCAGGGAGAUAAAGGACCUCCGGGAGAAGGGUUCCCAGGGCCAAAGGGAGAGAGAGGACCAGAUGGACUGAAGGGACCGAGAGGACCAGCAGGACCCGGAAUAAAAGGAAACAAGGGCGAUUAUGGGCCUCCUGGAUCACCUGGACCAACCGGACUGCCUGGAUUAGGUGUACAAGGAGAAAAGGGAGCCGAGGGACCACGUGGACCCCCGGGGUUCAGAGGCCCACCCGGAGAAGGUUAUCCAGGACCGAAGGGUGAUCAAGGACUGCCAGGAGAAGCGGGAGCACCAGGAUUGACUGGAUUAGGAGAACCGGGACCAAAGGGUGAACCAGGAGUUUCAGGGAUAUCAGGUUUACCUGGGUUACCCGGGGAGGACGGUGCUCCUGGACAGAAGGGCGAACCUGGUGCUCCAGGUUUGAGAGGACCGGAGGGAUCACCCGGUAUUGGAACACAGGGUGAAAAGGGAGAUCAUGGCCAGAGAGGAGUCCGUGGAUUAGCAGGACCUCCAGGACUCACUGGACCAUCAGGAGCAAAGGGUGAACCAGGAGGACCGGGCCGUCCCGGCUUGCCAGGACCUCCAGGACGCGCAGUAACCGGAGCAAAGGGUGAUGUAGGUUUACCAGGUCCUCCAGGACCAUUUGGGGAGACGGGGUACGGACUUCCUGGACCAAAGGGUGAUCGUGGAGAUGCAGGUCCUCCUGGUCCCUUUGGGCCUCAAGGAGACGGUUACCCUGGUCCACCGGGCCCACCUGGGCUUCCCGGGCUUCCUGGAGAGCCCGGUCCAGAGGGAUUGGGAUUUCCGGGUCCAAAGGGUGAUAUUGGGUUUAGAGGUUUGCCAGGACCACCAGGACCACAAGGAGAGGGUCUGCAAGGGCCACCAGGCACCAUUGGAAGGCCAGGACCUCCUGGUCCAACAGGACUCCCAGGGCAGGGGAUACAAGGGCCGAAGGGUGAAUUAGGAGCUCAGGGCUUGAUUGGGCCAAGAGGACCAUCUGGAGAAGGUCUUCCAGGGUCAAAGGGUGAUCGUGGUGCCCCAGGGGAUCGGGGGCAGAAAGGGAUCAAAGGUGACAUUGGGGACCCUGGACAUUCAGGCCAACCAGGUCGACAGGGAGUGAAGGGAGAGUCAGGCUUGACGAGAGAAGACGUCAUCAGAAUGAUACGAGAAAUCUGUGGAUGUGGGAUUAGAUGUAAGGAGCGUCCGAUGGAGCUGGUGUUUGUGAUCGACAGCUCGGAAAGUGUUGGCCCUGAGAACUUUGAGAUCGUGAAGGACUUCGUGACGGCACUGGUAGAGCGAGUGACGGUAGGAAAUCGUGCCACCAGAGUCGGCCUCGUGCUUUAUAGCCUGGAAGCUCGACUGGAGUUUGACCUGGCCAGGUAUGCCACGAAGCGUGACGUCAAACAUGCCAUACGCAGGAUGACUUACAUGGGCGAGGGCACUUAUACAGGCACGGCCAUCCGCAAAGCCACGCGCGAGGCCUUCCGCAGCGCUCGAUUCGGGGUCGCUAAAGUCAUCGUGGUUAUCACAGACGGGCAAACCGACGAGCGUGACUCUGUUAAACUGGAAAUGGCAGUCCGGGAGGCGCACGCCGCCAACAUUGAGAUGUUUGCUCUGGGAAUCGUGAAUGCCAGUGAUCCAGGACAAGCCGAAUUUCUGCGCGAGCUCGAUCUCAUCGCCUCAGACCCUGAUAGCGAGCACGUCUUUCAGAUAGAUGACUUUAACACCCUACCAGCUCUGGAAUCCAAACUGGUCAGUCAGUUCUGCGAGGAUGAGAACGGUGACAUCUUCAACCGCAUUAACGGCAAUGGAUACAAUAACCAUCUUAACCGCAUCAAUGGGCUCCUGUAUGAGAUCGAUAACAACGGAAACCGAAUCGGCAACGGCGGAUAUUAUCACGGAAACAAUGUAGACCCAACACACUCCAGGACACACUCUGAAACAAACUCUGGUACACACAGUGGGACGUCCAACAGAACUCACAGUGGGACAUAUACUGGUUCUCACAGUGGGACACACACUGGUAUUCAGACUGGGACACACACUGGUUCUCAGACUGGGACACACACCGGUAUUCAGACUGGGACACACACCGGUACUCAGACUGGGACACACACCGGUACUCAGACUGGGACACACACUGGUACUCAGACUGGGACACACACCGGUACUCAGACUGGGACACACACCGGUACUCAGACUGGGACACACACUGGUACUCAGACUGGAACACACACCGGUACUCAGACUGGGACACAUAUAAUUAUUCACAGUGGGACACACACCCAUACUUACAAUGGGACAGACACCAAUACUAACGAUGGGACACACACUUUGACUCACGGUGAUACACACACUGUCUCAGUCAGUCAGGGAGGAGGAAGAGGAGACAGUCUUCCAGCACCCACUCCAGGGGUACCUCAUGUCGUAGACAUUCACACACAUGGCGGCUCAGAGCACAGCAACCGGGGAGAUGUUCCAUCUUCAAACAACAGACCAUCUACACAUGGGAGACCUUCCACCUCCUCUUCAUCAUCAUCUUCAUCAUCCUCAACUGUCAUAACAUCAUCCACUUCGGUGCAUUAUAUUCCUGCCCCAAGACCCCCCUUACCUAAAGAAAUCGUGCCCUUGGACCCACGCUGUGAGCUGGUUCUGGAUCAGGGUACGUGUCGGGAUUACAAUAUACGCUGGUACUACGAUCGCAAUGCCAACGCGUGCGCGCAGUUCUGGUAUGGAGGUUGUCAUGGCAACCGUAAUCGCUUUGAUACUGAGGACGAGUGCAAGAAGACCUGUGUGGUCCCCCGAACAGGUGGAUGAGGGCAUUGAUGACGCUCAUGAAACUGACUUAUAAUAUCUGCAAUACCUCAUCUGUCAAUCACCCUGAGAGACAUGUGCAUGUAAAUUUGCUUCAAUGUUUCCUUUCUCACACUCAUAAGCUUAAAGACAGUGAGUCGUUAUGUAAAUAUUUUAUAUCCUUAAAUUCUGGAUUAUCUGUAAGUAGACUUUCAUUUUACAUCAAUGGAGUCUCCAGUUUCAUUGCUUUGUAGGAUUUUGCUUAAUGACAGGAAUAUUCACCUGACCAUAAGCUUGGUAUCUACUUUGUGAACAGACCAUUCCACAUUCAUUCCUCAUUUUUGCUGUUAUAAUAACCUCCACUUUUCUAGCAAGAUGUUCAACUAGAUUUUGGAGUGUGCAUUGAGAAAAUCAGGUACUGAUAUAAGUGAGGCCAUGGGGUUCCACCAGCAUGAGAAAUUUAUCGUAAAGGUGUUUAAUAGGGUUGGAGUUCUACAGCAGGAGAUCUUCCAUUCCAAUCUGUGUAAAAUGUAUCUUUAUGGAUCUGGCUUUGUGCACAGUGGCAUCAUCAUGCUGGAGCAGGUUUGGAUCUCCUAGUAUAAAUGAAAGGAAAGUCUCAUGCUACUGCGUCCAAAGACGUCCAAUACAAUACUGUACCUCAAAGUUUUGUGCAAACAGUAAGGGAAAGAACCACAAAUGGUUGGAAAAAUUCAAGUGUCCCAAUAUAGUGUCUAUAUAUUGUACUUCUCUAAACAAGCUGAGUUUUCUAAUAAUCACAGUCUAUGUAACGUCUUACUUCCAUGUGUUUUUUUUUUUUUUUUUAUUAUAAUUAUUAUUUUAGAAAAUCUGUAUGGUUGUUUGUAUUAUUGUUUGUAAUAUUUUAACUUUGUA